UCCUAUAAAUCUAAUACCUCAUCCUAAUCCGACGGCCCCAACCCCACCCUCUUCCCCCCAAAUCUGAAUGCCCACCGUCUGAUCCCAUCCCCACACACAAAAACAAAAGUAACCAAAACCCCACCCUCUUAGAUCUAAGCCAGAGAGAGAGCGCGAGAGUCUGUCUCCGACUGUUGGGCUCUUCAAAAUUUUUAAUUCCCAUUUUGCUCUCGAUGGUGGAGGCACAGACAUGGACGACGCGUCGUAUGAGCAACCCCCGGCUGCAGGACACGACGUCGUCGCCGGACCAGGUCGUGGACAUCCCAGCCACGCCUACUGGCGACGUCCGCAAUGGCACAAGCUACGGGUUCUCCUCCGCCGUCGGAUCGCUGCUCUCCCCGACGCUGUCUACGGCGGCGAUCAUCGCCUCCUGGUACCUCUCCAACAUCGGCGUCCUCCUCCUGAACAAGUACCUCCUCAGCUUCUACGGCUUCCGCUACCCCAUCUUCCUCACCAUGCUCCACAUGAUCUCCUGCGCCGCCUACAGCUACGUCGCCAUCCACCUCCUCGAGCUCGUUCCACGUCAGCACAUCCUCUCCCGCCGCCAGUUCUUCAAGAUCCUCGCCCUCAGCGCCAUCUUCUGCUUCUCCGUCGUCUGCGGCAACACCUCACUCCGCUAUCUCCCCGUCUCCUUCAACCAGGCCAUCGGCGCAACGACGCCUUUCUUCACCGCCAUCUUCGCCUUCAUCAUCACCUGCAAGAAAGAGUCCGCCGAGGUCUACGGCGCCCUCCUCCCCGUCGUCUUCGGGAUCGUGGUCGCCAGCAACAGCGAGCCGCUAUUCCACCUCUUCGGCUUUUUAGUCUGUGUGGGGUCCACCGCCGGACGAGCUUUGAAAUCCGUCGUUCAGGGAAUCCUGCUCACCUCCGAAGCUGAGAAGCUCCACUCGAUGAACUUGCUUCUGUACAUGGCUCCAAUGGCGGCCUGCAUUCUGCUGCCCUUCACUCUGUACAUCGAGGGCAACGUGGCGGCGGCGACGGUGGAGAAGGCCCGGAGCGACCCUUUCAUUGUUUUCUUGCUGGUCGGGAAUGCCACGGUGGCUUACUUGGUCAACUUGACCAACUUCUUGGUGACCAAGCACACCAGUGCAUUGACUCUGCAGGUGCUUGGCAACGCCAAAGCGGCGGUGGCGGCCGUCGUUUCGGUGUUGAUAUUCCGGAACCCAGUCACGGUCAUGGGCAUGACCGGGUUCGCGGUGACCAUCAUGGGGGUGGUGCUUUACAGCGAGGCCAAGAAAAGGUCCAAAGUUACAACUCAUUGACAGAGACAGAGAAUAAAGAUUGAAAUUGAAACCACAAAAAAGAAAAAAAAAUGAUCAUUCAUUUUGACUGCCUCAAGAUUCGGGUACGAAUUUGUUUUGUGUUUUAGUUAAUUAAUUGUUUUGAUUUUUAUGGCAUGGUAAGGGAGAGGGUGAAGUGGAAUUGGAACUGGAGUGUAUAGGAUGGUGGGGAAAGAGGGAAAUUGGAAAAGGUUGAGCUCUUUUUUUCUGCUCUUUUGAGGUUUAAUUGUUGUUGAUAGAGGGGGGUGGGUGGUAGAAGAGAAUAUGUAAGUUUUUCUCUUUCGCUUGACCCUGUGUGUAACUUUAUAUGAUAUGCUCUGCAUUUUGAAUUGAAAACAUACAAGUAUUUUAUGGGGAGGAAAAAUUCCUCUUCCAGAUUCAAUUUGUUAAAAAACAUGUUCUCUGUUCCUUUGGCCCUCUUUCAAUGUGCAAGUUUUGCUAAUUUCUU